CCUAGGUGUUCCAGGCCAGACUUGCCGCCUCUCUCUCCUGACUGGGCUUGCUCCCAGCCGAUCCAGGUCUGGGCUUGCCGGCUGCGAGGUGGAAGAGUCGAAGGACUUGGGCCCACACCAGGUGCCCAAAGGCCGGAGGUCCGUGCGCCCCCGGCCACGGCCCCGGCCCGGGCCCAGCCCCGCGCCCCUCGCCAUGGGCCUGGCCCUCGCCAGCCGGCCCUGAGCAUGGAGCGGGGCUGGCCGCCCGGGGACAACUGCAGUGGGGAGCGGCCCUCCGCCUGCCGCCGCGCCCUCAGCGUUUGCGACUCGCUGGACCUGCACGGCGCCCCGGCCGGCCGGACCGCCGCCGCCCUGCAGGCCGCCCUGUGCGCCGCGCGCGAGCAGCCAGCGCGGCCGCGGAGCGUGUGUUCGGGCAGCUCGGGGCCGGCGCCCACCGGUGCCCGUGGCCUGCUACUUGGCCUCCUGCGCCCGCGCCUCGGCCGCCGGAACCCCGCGCCCUCGGGGCGGCCCGGCUCGCCCGCACCCAGCCCCACGGCCAGCCCCACGGCCAGCCCCGCUCCGGUUCGGCGCAGCCGUGCCCCCGGGGAGCCGGCGCUGCGGCCGCGACCCACCAGCAUGACGUUCCUGGAGGUGAACCGUCUGGAGCUGGCGGCGGCCGAGGCGCCGGGCGUGGGGCUGGGCCGCGCGGGCAGCGCGGGCUUCCUGCGCGGCGCAUCGUUGUGGAGCAGCCAGCGCUGGCAGGUGUUCCGCGGCGGCGGCGGGCGAGGCUCCGACAGUCCCCGGCGCGGUCUGUCGGCGCUGAAGAAGAGCUUCAGCUUCCGCUUGCGCCGCGGCCAGGAGAUCCGGCGCUCCGAGUCGGGGCUGCUGGCCCGGCCGCCCCGCGCGCGCACCCGCAGCGACGGCGACGCCAGCUCCCUGGGCGCCUUUUCCAGCCGCCGCGACCUACUGGGCGCCGAGGUCCCAAGCUCCACGCCGGAGCCCAGCCGCCCCCGCGCCGCCGCCAGCCUCUGGAGGCUGCUCACCAACCGCUUCCGCAGGAGGGAGCCCGCGCCCACUGCGCCACUGUGGAGCCGCCGGGCGGCCGCGGCCCCCGGGCUCCUGAGCGCGCCGAGCGACUCAUUUGUGAACAGCCAGGAGUGGACCCUGAGCCGCUCUGUGCCGGAGCUUAAAGUGGGCAUAGUGGGGAACCUGUCUAGUGGGAAGUCAGCCCUGGUGCACCGCUAUCUGACAGGGACCUAUGUCCAGGAGGAGUCCCCUGAAGGGGGUCGGUUUAAGAAGGAGAUUGUGGUGGACGGCCAAAGUUACCUAUUGCUGAUCCGAGAUGAAGGAGGUCCCCCUGAGCUCCAGUUCGCUGCCUGGGUGGAUGCGGUGGUGUUUGUGUUCAGCCUGGAGGAUGAAAUCAGCUUCCAGACAGUGUACAACUACUUCCUGCGGCUCUGCAGCUUCCGCAAUGCCAGCGAGGUGCCCAUGGUGCUAGUGGGCACACAGGACGCCAUCAGUGCCGCCAAUCCCCGCGUCAUCGAUGACAGCAGGGCCCGCAAGCUCUCCACAGACCUGAAGCGCUGCACUUACUACGAGACGUGCGCCACCUACGGGCUCAACGUGGAGCGCGUCUUCCAGGACGUGGCCCAGAAAGUCGUGGCCUUGAGGAAGAAGCAGCAGCUGGCGAUCGGGCCCUGCAAGUCCCUGCCCAACUCGCCUAGCCACUCGGCCGUGUCCGCUGCCUCCAUCCCAGCUGUGCACAUCAACCAGGCCACGAAUGGCGGCAGCAGCGCCUUCAGCGACUACUCGUCCUCAGUCCCCUCUACCCCCAGCAUCAGCCAGCGGGAGCUGCGCAUCGAGACCAUCGCUGCCUCCUCCACCCCCACGCCCAUCCGCAAGCAGUCCAAGCGGCGCUCCAACAUCUUCACGUCUCGAAAGGGAGCUGACCUGGACCGAGAGAAGAAGGCUGCGGAGUGCAAGGUGGACAGCAUCGGGAGCGGAAGGGCCAUCCCCAUCAAGCAGGGGAUACUGCUGAAGCGGAGCGGCAAGUCCCUGAAUAAGGAGUGGAAGAAGAAGUAUGUGACGCUUUGUGACAAUGGGCUGCUCACCUACCACCCCAGCUUGCACGAUUACAUGCAGAACAUCCACGGCAAGGAGAUUGACCUGCUGCGGACAACCGUGAAAGUGCCUGGGAAGCGCCUGCCCCGAGCCACGCCUGCCACAGCCCCGGGCACCAGCCCACGCGCCAACGGGCUGGCCAUGGAGCGAAGCAAUACGCAGCUGGGUGGGGGCACAGGUGCCCCCCACUCGGCCAGCAGCGCGUCCCUGCACUCCUCCGAGCGCCCCCUCGGCAGCUCGGCCUGGGCUGGCCUGCGCCCCCAGGGCCAGCACCAGCGCUCCUGCUCCGUUUCCAGUGCUGACCAGUGGAGUGAGGCCACUGCCCUGUCCCCCGGCACGCAGCACCCUGCCAGUGGCCCAGCUGAGGUGCUCAGUUCCAGCCCCAAGCUGGAGCCUCCCCCAUCUCCCCACUCCAACCGGAAGAAGCACCGUCGGAAAAAGAGCACCGGGACCCCCCGACCAGACGGCCCCAGCAGUGCUGCUGAAGAGGCAGAGGAGUCCUUUGAGUUUGUGGUGGUGUCCCUCACCGGGCAGACGUGGCACUUCGAGGCCUCGACGGCAGAGGAAAGGGAGCUGUGGGUACAGAGCGUGCAGGCCCAGAUCCUGGCCAGCCUGCAGGGCUGCCGCAGCGCCAAGGACAAGACCCGUCUGGGGAACCAGAACCCAGCCCUGGCCGUGCAGGCCGUGCGCACCGUGCGAGGCAACGGCUUCUGCAUCGACUGCGACGCCCCCAACCCCGACUGGGCCAGCCUGAACCUGGGGGCCCUGAUGUGCAUCGAGUGCUCGGGAAUCCACCGGCACCUGGGAGCCCACCUGUCCCGCGUCCGCUCCCUGGACCUCGACGACUGGCCGCCUGAACUGCUGGCUGUCAUGACUGCGAUGGGCAACGCCUUGGCCAACAGCGUCUGGGAGGGGGCCCUGGAUGGCUACGCAAAGCCUGGGCCUGAAGCCUGCAGAGAGGAGAAGGAGCGCUGGAUCCGGGCCAAGUACGAGCAGAGGCUCUUCCUGGCUCCACUGCCGAGCUCAGACGUGCCGCUGGGGCAGCAGCUGCUGCGGGCCGUGGUGGAGGACGACCUGCGGCUGCUGGUGAUGCUGCUGGCCCACGGGUCCAAGGAGGAGGUGAACGAGACGUACGGGGACGGGGACGGGCGGACAGCCCUGCACCUGUCCAGUGCCAUGGCCAAUGUGGUCUUCACACAACUGCUCAUCUGGUACGGGGUGGACGUGAGGAGCCGGGACGCCAGGGGCCUGACUCCACUGGCCUAUGCCCGCCGGGCCGGCAGCCAGGAGUGUGCAGACAUCUUGAUUCAGCACGGCUGCCCCGGGGAGGGCUGCGGCUUGGCACCCACCCCCAACAGAGAACCGGCCAAUGGCACCAACCCCUCUGCUGAGUUGCACCGCAGCCCCAGCCUCCUAUGAGGCCCAGGAAGAAGGCAGAGGGGCCAGAAGGACUCCAUGGCCUUGGGACCUUCCUCCCUGCAGGCACUGGGGGAAGCAGACGCAGAGCCAGAGAAGCAGGGACAUGCGUCCAGGAGGAGAGGGAAAGGGAGAAGUCAAGGGAUCCGAGGAGAGCUCUGGGGUUCAAGCUGCAGCAGAGGGAGGGAGCACAGCGUUCCGCCUCUGCCCUGCGGUGCCACUGAGAAGGGACGGACCCUUUGACGGUGCCUGUGAGGAGAGGGGGGCGGGACCUCUCCCUCCUCCAGACCCCUGCCUCCUAGUGCUGGCCCCCACAAGCACAGGGCACAGGAUGGGGGUGCUGGACGAAAGAGACAAGGGGGUGAUCUGUGAGUCCCGUGUAAAAUUUGUACAUUGGAAUAUUUAUGUUUGUGUACAUACUUGGUGUGCGUGUAUGAGGAGCCAAUAAACCAGACUGUGUGUGGCCCUGC